GACAUUUUGUUGUGGCAGUUUUAUUAAAAGUGGCACAUGGACGUUUUACAGUAAACGUCAGUAAUUUUUUUAUUUCCAAAAUAUAUGCAAUGCAAUAAUAUUAAAAAUAUCACGAGCUAAUAUUGGUUUAAAAAUUAUUAUUAUUAUAAAGUCGAUUUUCUGCAAUUUGCGCUCAAAGAGUAUAUAGAGCAGGCCGUUAUCAGUGAUAAUCGGUGGCAGCACAUGCAAAACUCUACGAAGUAAUGUGAUAACAAAAAAUUUGUUUCAAUUGUGUUUGGUUUUUGUAAUAAAAUCAUUUAAACUUUGAUGACACAUAGAAAGCUACUAUAAACGGCAUAUUUAAAUAAUUGAAAUACAAUUGUGCAUAUUUCGCAGUAAAAGUCUUAAUUCAUUUUCACAUUGGGCGUUAUACAUAAAAAAUGGUUGCUAUUCCUUAUUUAUUCAAUGAAAUUGGACGGAUUUUUCAAAAUACGCCACUUUAUGUAAUUAUAUUAGAGUCGCUUCUUUUACUUUCUGUAAUAUGGCUUCUUUUCUACAAACGUAAUGGACGGAAGCGAUUUACCAAAGAACAAGAAGAAGAUAUUAUUGCCGGUUAUGAACCUGAACCGUUAGUAUCCGAUACAGAUCCUGAUCAUCCAUUGUUGCAUACGCGUAUAGUAGAAUCAAAAGUAGGCAAAUAUGUAGUUGUCAAUGGCACUAAUUGUUUAAAUUUGGCUUCUCACAAUUAUCUUGGCUUGCUUGAAGAUAAGGAAAUACUGGAAGAUGCCUGCACUUCAUUGCGAAAAUAUGGCGUAGGAUCAUGUGGGCCGCGUGGAUUUUAUGGUACAAUGGAUGUGCAUUUAGAAUUGGAAGAUCGCUUAGCUAAAUUUAUGAAUAUGCAGGAAGCUGUAGUGUAUUCGUACGGGUUUUCUACGAUAGCUAGUGCUAUACCGGCUUAUGCAAAGCGGGGCGACAUUAUAUUUGUUGAUGAGUGUGUGAAUUUUGCCAUACAAAAAGGAUUAGAUGCUUCACGUAGUAAGGUUAUCUUCUUUAAACAUAAUGACGUGUCGGAUUUAGGACGAUUGCUACUCGAACAACAAAAACUGGAUGAUAAAAAUCCAAAGAAAGCUAGUAAAACACGUCGUUUUUUGGUCGUUGAAGGUAUUUAUAUGAACACUGGUGAAAUAUGUCCAUUGCCUGAAUUAGUUGCGCUGCGUUCCAAAUAUAAAUUGCGUUUGUUAUUGGAUGAAAGCGUUUCUUUUGGAACUUUAGGUAAAACCGGACAUGGCGUAACUGAGCAUUUUGAUAUUGAUCGUGAUGAAGUGGAUCUUAUAUCUGCUGGCAUGGAGUGGUCAAUGUCAUCAAUUGGAGGUUUUUGUGUUGGGUCACAUUUCAUAGUUGAACAUCAACGUCUAUCUGGUCUAGGCUAUUGUUUUUCUGCGUCUUUACCGCCUCUUUUAACUCAAGCCGCUAUUUCGGCAUUAAAUCGUUUUGAAGAUAAACCAGAAAUGUUUAUUGAAUUACAAAAUGUUUCUCGUUAUCUCCAUAGAAAAUUUGAUAAUUUUACCAAAUUGCAGUUGAAAGGUAAUGAAAUAUCGCCAGUUAAACAUUUAUACCUUAGUGAGAAACGUGACUCACAGAGAGAUGAACAUGAAUUACUCAAAAAUUUAGCAAAUGAGUGUAUAUCAUGUGGUAUAGCUGUAAUUGAGGCAUGUUAUCUGUAUCCUUAUGAGAAAUACCAAGUCCGUCCCAGCUUGCGGGUAACUGUAAACCGCUUAUUAACGGAGGAAGAAAUUGAUAAAGCUUUUGAUGUUAUCCAAAACGCAGCAAAUAAAAUGUUAUAAAAGUAUUAAAAGUAUAACUAUGUAAUUAUUAAAUAUGUAGCUUUUAAGUAAAUUUAUUGUGUAUUAAAAUUAUUAUUCACCUGCAAGCAUUUUUUUAUAAAAAAAAACGUAAAUUGUUAUAUAUAUAUACUUCAGUAAGUUUUACUAUUAAAGUUUGCCUGAACGUAACUAAAAUGUGCGCUUAACUAAAAAA